AUGGCAGGGGUGAAUGGAGACCGUAAAGGGAAGAAGGAUGACAAUGGGAUUGGUACUGCCAUUGACUUCAUGCUUUCCAAUGCCAAGCUUGUGCUGGGAGUGGGAGGAGCCGCCAUGCUCGGCAUCGCAACGCUUGCCGUCAAACGAAUGUAUGACCGAGCCAUAAGUGCUCCCACCAGCCCCACCAACGUUGAGCCGACAGGAAGGAGAAGCUGGGAGGAGCCCGCCUGGAUGGGUUCGUCACCGCGGGUACUGAACCAUGACAUGAAGUCCACAGUUAGCAGGUCUCUGCAGUCUCUGCCCACUUCCUCGCAUGCUUUUGAACCAGACUGUCUGCGUAGGGCUGUGGGUCGAGCCGCUGUGGGAGGCAGUGGCGCCACUCAGUCGGACAUGCAGCGGGCCCGAAUGCGUCUGUCCCUGCAGGAACAUCUGUGGGAGUUCUACCAAAGUAACGUAAACAUCCCCGCUGAGGAGCAGGCUCUGGCAAGGAGAGCAGCGUUAGACAUCUGUGCAGAACUCAGGGUGUUCCUCCACGCCAAACUGCCCGACAUGCCUCUCAGAGAGAUGUACCUGAGUGGCAGUCUGUAUGAUGAGCUGCAGGUGGUAACAGCGGAUCACGCCCAGCUCAUGGUGCCUCUUAUCUUGGAGAAGAACCUGUGGUCGUCCAUCCCCGGGGAGGACACCAUCAUGAACGUUCCGGGUUUCUGGCUCGUCCGCAGGGAGAAUUUGGAGUACUUCCCGCGCAGCAGCAGCUAUUGGGACCGCUGCAUGGUCGGAGGUUACCUCUCCCCGAAAUCGGUCCUUGAGGUCUUCGACAAGCUGGUGGCAGGCUCCAUCAACUGGCCGGCAAUCGGCAGCGUGCUCGACUACAUCAUUCGCCCUGUGGUUCCCUCGGAAACACUGACCCUGGAGGUGCAGUACGAGACGGACCGGAGACUGUACGUGGACUUCCUGCCGCUGCUCGUGAUGGAGGACGGAACCUCGCUGAUCGCCAAACCCCACCGGCUUGCCGCAGAGCGCCACGGGAACCUGUGGCGGCAGAGCUUCCGCGUGGCCGAGACAGCUCGACUCAGGGCCCUGGACCAGGAGGACGGAGGCAUCCGAUGCCACUGCCUGAAGCUGGCGAAGGCCGUGUGCAAACUCAACCCGGCCCUAAACCGGCUCAAUGCCAGCCAGCUCACCAACGCCAUCUUGUUGCUCUGCGAGAAAGAAGGCGACUGGACCCAGGAGGCGCUGGCCGACCGGUUCCUGCAGCUGCUGCGGGCCCUGGUGGGACACCUGGAGGCGGGGAGGCUGCUGUGCGCCCUCAGCCCAAAGGUGAACUUGUUCUGUGAGCUGACCGAACAGGAAGUGGACGAGCUGGGGUACACGCUCUACUGUGCCCUCUCGGACCCCGAGGGGCUGCUGAGGACUGCGGUAGCCCAGCCGCCCCAUCUCUGACCGCACCCCCCUCGUACAAGAGCGCCUCUGCACAGCAACGCUGCGUUGAAAUGUCAACCACUGUUUUGUGGGCACUCGUGACCUCGAGUCACGAUGAGGUUCCUGGGGAGAAACUUAAAAGAAACAAACGGCAGCAUGGAAUCAUCCUCGGCCUCUUUGGUCUUAAUUCUCAUCAAGUGUACACACAGUAGCAGUUACUUAGUCUCGGGAUCUGUGUGAGCCUCGACAUAAAAGCUGGAUGCGAUGUGAUCAUGCGAAUACAAUUUUAAUCCUUGGAAGUGACGGUCCAUCAGAGUUCAUGCCUCCUACGAGGAGCCAAAGUAUUAAUGAAGUUACGAGGCGACAUGCGGUCAGGGUCUAAAGACUUUGGGUGGAGCCAUUGGUUGGCCCUUAUCAAAAUGUAUCCCCGCAUCAGCUCUUUCUAACCUGUUGGAGAGGUUCAGGAUGACAGACACAUGGCACGUUACAGUCAAAUGUCUUUUGCUCUGUUUUGAGAAGGAUCCACUGUGUUAAGGAAGAGUGUGACAUUGAUUGUGUGUAUGCCAAACCCAAAGCUAAUAAACUGUUGAUCAGCCCAGAGAGGCAAGUUAAUUGUCUUUUUAUGCUCCUUUUUGUUACCACACAGAAAAUACUGCUCGUCGUGGGAUGAAGUUUUGAAAUCAGUGUUUGAAUAACUAACUAAUACAGUGGCUGAGUGUAAAAUGUAUUCUACUUCUACAAUAUACGGAAACUUCAAUUGUCCGUUUUGUUGGUGAUUUUAAAAUGUGGGGUUGCCACCAUAAUCUCUCAUUUAUUUAUAGACUGAAGACAGAGCAGCUUUGUUUAUGAAAGUAUUUUUUCUUCAGUCUCAUUUGUGGCUUUGGUGCACAGGUGAAAUCUGCUUUAUUUAAUUGUAUAUAUAUUUUACAACCUCCAUCCCAGGUUAUUUUGCACUAUUGAAGGUUAGUAAAAAUGUAAGACAUUCUGAAAGCACUUUCUCCUGGUUUUCGCUUCAAUUUAAGAUCAUCCUCAGGAUUGACUGAUCAUUUCAAGUUUAUCAGCCUCACUGUAGUCAUAGCGACACCGUUCAUUGUUUGGUGAAUUCCUCUCAGUAUCACCUUCCUGAGCGCAGUGCAGCGAGAGUAGUUUUCCGUGUCGGUCCCGGUCUACACACCAGUUCUUGUUUUUAAGCCACAUUAAACCUGGAUUCAUGUAAUUAGUGCAGUAAGCGAGGCCGAGACAUGUUGCAUAAUCCCUGCUAGUAGGCCGGCCUGUCUGUAUUAAUAGAUUACAGGUGACCUCAGACCGGGAUCUACUCAAAGAGCAUCAGUGGGAGAGAAGCCGCUUUGGGAGCCAAUGUUUGUGCUGCUAAGUCAGGUGACAGUAGGUGGAGUCACUAAAACAAAGCCUUCUCUCUAAUAAAUGACUAUUGUAAACGUGUUGUCUGAAAUAACCUCAUGGUUGAUUUAUGUUCCACUUUUAGCCUUAGAAUGAAAACAUGAGUGAGUUUGUGUGGUGUACGAAGCGGAGGGAUUCGUGUCGUUUUAUAGUCCUGUUGGGAAUCAGUUAACAUCCAGAUAACGGAGACAGGUGAAUAUUUUUGUAUUUAUUGUACAUUCAUAACCAAAUAAGAGCAGACUAUUUGCUUCAACUCCACAUGUAAAGAAUCCCUUAUUGUGCUUUGUUUUGGGGUUCUGAUUUAAAGGGAAUCCCAUGUCUGUUUGCAUAUUAUUUACGAUACAAAUCACUGCUGUGCUGAAGAGAUUCACUGUGCCACAUUUGUAUUAUUGUGAAACAAAUACUCAAAGUAGAUCACUACCUUUACCUUGUGGGGUUCACACUAGCCCUAUUUGUUGCAUGCUUUUUUUUUUUUCUUCCCCUUUUCUAA